AUGUCCAACUUCAAGGGUCACUGCCACUGCGGCGCUACUGAGUGGACGGCCACGCUGGAGAAGGAUCAGCAGGCGCAUAUCCUGUGCCACUGCAACACCUGCAAGCAGCUCUCCGGCUCCACCUACACGCUGAACCAAAUCAUCCCGGCCAAGAACCUGUCCUUUGCAAAGGGAGGCGACAGCCUGGGCAAAUACACCUACAAGGGCGAUUCUGGCAAGAGCGUUUACUGCUACUACCGCCCCACGUGCACGACGCACGUAUACCACGCGCAGGAAGCGCUGGGCCCGGAUAGCAUCGUCCUGCGCACGGGACUGCUGGACGAGGGGAUGGAGAAGUUUGCGCCCGCAGCCGAGAUUUACUGCAAGGUGAGGCUUGGGUGGGAGAAGGAGGUUGCGCAGUCGUUUGACGCGAUGCCGCCUUCGUAG